UGAAGUCAUAUUUGAAUUUUGAAUUGAAUAUUUGAAGUUAUAGUGUUCAGUGAAAGAAGCUAAGGAUUUUGAAGUAAAGAGACAAUCGUAAAUAUCACAAAACAGCUGAUCGAGAUUACAUACUGCAAGUGGAUACGACAAGUGACAUAUCAUCCGUGUCAUCAUAAGACAACACAUUAUCAUCUGUUAUAGAGUAAAAAUGGCUCCAUCAAACGUGCAUGCUGCAGUUCUGUUACUGGCUAGUAUUGGAGCAGUUUUUGGAGAGACAAUAUUUAUUGGCAGAGAAGUUUACCCUGUAGAGAGAGAACUUACAGAUGACAAUUAUGUAUUUCUCUUUGAUGAUUGGGAAUUUGGAGAUGGAAUAUGGAACUCUGUGACAGCGUACUUUAAAAAAACGGACCCUGUGUUCUUUAUGGUAUUCCGGCCAAAUGGAGCAAACUACACACUAAUAGAUCAGAGAAAGUUUACACCUAAAAGCAAAGACUCACUAGAACAUAUUGUGUUUGAUCAUAACUGCACUUUGGUAAAACGAGGGGACCGUUUAGCCAUCAUGGGCAAUAGUAUCGGAUGGGACUUUGUCUCUAUGGCUUCAGCAAAUGUUAAGUAUCGCACAGAGACUGCAGGGACUGUUUUGGAUAUUGGUGCAACUUUAGAAUUCAAAGCUGAACAACGAAUUUACAUGAAGUUUGCAAUCGAUGCAAGUUAUAGUACAGAAAAUUCAACAUGUGGAGAAGCAAUUCCAAUGCGAACCACCACCACAACUACCACCACAACAACUACAACCACACCAGCUCCCACAGAGGCUACCACACCAAAAAAUGAAACCACAGAUAGUAAUCCAAGCCCCCAGACUCAGAGUAUCGAAGAAUGGGUCAAAGAUAACUGGUGGAUUAUUGUCCUUGCUGCUGUCUUAGCGAUCGUUCUCACUUUGGUGAUCAUCGGUGUCAUCUGGGCAGCAUCACCAGCUUGCAAACGUAAACGCAUGGAAGACAACGAAGCCCGUCUUAAAAAGCUUGCAGAAAACCGCAGCAGCCUCUACGACAAAGUAGGACCAGUUUAUGUAGACAUUCACCCAAUGGGCAAUGGAGUAGAGACUGGCCAAGAAAGCAUGAACCACACAACUGAGCAGAUUUAUGAAAAUGAAGCUUAUAUUGAUGGAUAUGAUGAAAAACAACCUGACCCCCCUGUUGACUACACAGAGAGCACUCUCUCUAACGGCUCAAAUGGUUCACUUAAGCACAGUAACGGGUAUGCAGUACCACAUGGUGAUACUAAAUUUUAGACUUGAAAUAUUGAGUCAGCAAAAGGACUGGCGAGUGAAUACAGAGAAACAAUGCACAGUGAACAGGUUGCAUGGACUAUGUAUAAGACAUAGAGAUUGUGAUUUGUAGACAUUGUACCUAAACAGAUUCAAGGAGCCAUUCAACAAGUUGAAUAAACCAAUGUGUUGAAGUAUGGCGGGUAUAUAAUGCAGUAGCCUGGACAUGACAUAAACGGUUGUGAUGCAACGUGUCAUUCCAAAGAUUUCCUAAAAAAAUACCAACUAAA